UUAAACCAACCGCCAUUUUGGCACAUCCGGUGACGCUUCUAAAGUCAACCGUCGCAGCUUGAAGCAAAAAUAAUUUGGAUUUUGCGAAAAAAUGCGCCAGUUUUCGAUUAAUGGGGCUAGAAGUGUUAUAAAAAUCCUGCAAAUUAACCGGGUAAAUUAUGCUACGGAAGCGAAAGCCGCUGAAGCCCCCCCGACAGCCGCAGUUGUGGAUGAUAUUCCGCCAACACCCGUUAUAAUCGACGUAAAAAAAGCAGUGGAAACUAAACCGAUACCAAAAAUUAAAUUAGCCGCAGUCGAUGCCAUUUCAAUCCCAAAAAACAUCAGUUCGUUCGACGCUGUUCCUGGACCGAACACUUUGAGAAUAAUCUCAAAAAUGUGGACCUACGUACCGUCUCUCAGCACUGAAUUCACUGCAGGCGCCUUGUUCCAAGUCAUGAAUUUAGGCAAGUUUUUUGAGGAAUAUGGUCUUUUAGGCAACCUGCUAAGCUGGGGAGGCAACACGCGGUUUUUCCAGAAGUUUUUCAAUGUUUAUGGUCCGGUGGUACGUCUUCACGGACCCUUUGGUGGGGAUGUGGUACUGUUGUCCCGGCCGGAACACGCUAGUCUAGUGUUUAAGAAUGAGGGGAAGCAGCCUGUGAGGGCCUGUCUGGAUUCCGUGGAGAAGUACAGGUUGGAGCAUAGGAGGUUGAGACAGGCUGGGCCAUUUUUAAUGUCUGGUUCGGCUUGGGAAAAAAUCCACGAAUCACUGGAACAGCCUUUGAAAUCGUCCGUGGAUAAAUAUUUCAAAACCAUCGACAAUAUUUGCGAUCAAUUCGUGGAAAGAACACUGGCAAUUCGGAAUUUGCAAGACGAAAUGCCGAAAACUUUCAAAGACGAAAUUUUGAAAUGGUGUCUGGAGUGCAUGUGUGCAGUGACACUCAACAGAAAAUUUGGUUUUCUUGAUCCAACUGGCUUAAGUCCCACUUCUGAUCCAGGCAGAAUUCUGGAUAGCGUCAACUGUGCCACAGAUGCCAUAAGAAAAUGCGAAUUCGGCUUCCACAUUUGGAAAUUCAUCGACACUCCAUCCUGGCGCUCGUUGGUGAAGAACUGCGAUUCCAUCGACUCAAUUCUGAGCAAAUACGUGGAAAGGGCUCAAUCAGCGCUCAGAGAGAAAAAAGACCUGAAACCGCACAUCAACGAUUUUUCUAUGAUCGAUCGUUUGUUAUUGAACGAGGAUAUUUUGAUAGAAGACGCCAUGACAGUUCUUUUGGACAUGUUCAUUAUCGGAGCGAAUGCUACAGCCCAUUCGGUGGCUUUUCUUUUAUAUCACCUGUCAAAAUCGCCGAAAUGUCAGAAAAAAGUCCAGGAAGAGAUUGCCAGACUGCCUCAGAGGGAGUUAAGUGCUGCUGAUUUGAAGAAAAUGACUUAUUUGCAAGCUUGUAUCAAAGAGAGUCUUCGUCUAGCUCCACCAAUUCCGAUAUUGAACAGAAUUCUAGCUGAAAACACCGUGAUCCAUAAGUAUUUCAUUCCCAAAGGAACCUACGUGCUUAUAGCAGCACAUUUGGCUAGUUUGAGGGAGGAAUACUUUGAAGAUGCUCACAAGUUCCGUCCUGAACGCUGGUUGUCUCAAGAAGUAGGUGUUUUGGCUAAGGAAUUGCAAGAAUUUGCAACAAUGCCUUUUGGACAUGGUCCCAGAUCGUGUCAAGCCAGGGAAUUGGCUGAGACUGAAGUCGCUUUGCUCACUGUGAAGUUGCUGAAGAAGUUUAAUGUUGAGUACAAUUAUGGGGAGGUGUCCAGUUCGAAUUUGAUGCUGGCCAGUCCGACAAAACCCUUGAAUUUUACGUUCUUCGAUAGACAAUAAUUAUUAAUACAGAGUUACAAUUAUUUUCAAGAUGAUAUGUUCAACUUUAGUAUUUUCCUGUUUCUUGAAUUUGUUCUAUGUUUAUUCUUAGCGUGUUUUUUAAUAUAAUAAUUUCUAUUGGAUCACU